UUUCAACAACAACACUAAGUGCAAUUGCUCCUUCGACUUUCUUGUCUGGAUUUCUUGUGUCGCGGAUAACUUCGGUUUAUUCUGGGUGCUACGCGACAUAUAUCCUGUGGGAUCUGCUUGUCGAGAUUCUUUGAUUUGGUUGGAAGGAAUUUGUGCGUGUGUUGGCUGCGGAGUUGACUGUCGCGGACUACGAGCGAUUUCUGAUCUGGGUGGAUCUGUUUUGGGCGGUAUGGCUGCUUCUGUUACUGAGGAGGUGGGGGUGUUGAAGGAGAAGAAAGUGAAGAAGGAGAAGAAGGAGAAGAAGGAGAAGGGCGAGAAAGAGGAUAAGGAAGAGAAGAAGGAGAAGAAGAAGGAGAAGCGAGACAAGGAAGAGAAGAAGGAGAAGAAGAAGGAAAAGAAAGCGAAGAAGAGCGACGAGACGGACGAGCGCGACACCACCGUGACCGAUACGGACGAGAAGACGCCGUCGAAGACCAAGUCGAAGAAGAGACGCUUGGAGGAGGAUGAAGACGACCACGAGACCAAGAUCGACGCCGAGAAGGAGGAAAAGCAGAGAAAAAAGAAGAAGAGAGUUUCGUUCUCGGCGGAUGUGAAGUUGCAGGACGGCGAUGGGGACGAGGUCUCCGAGGCAGAUGAGAUGGAGGCCGAGGUGGAGGGUCAACAGCCGCUUUCGGAGCAGAACGAAGCUGCAGUUGAAGCUGCGGAGGAGAUGGACUAUGAAGGGGACGGUGAGGACAAGACCAUGAAGAAAAAGAAGAAGGAAAAGAAGAAGAAGAACAAGGACAAUUCAUCGGCUUCCACAACCGACGGCACCACACUCAAGAUCCACGAGACGCCCAUCCUCUCCUACCUCAGUCUUUACCACAAUCAUCGCGCCGCUUGGAAGUUCCAGAAGAAUCGCGAGACGCAUCUGUUCAAGCAUGUUUUGUCACUGGAGCAUGUCCCCGCGCAGUACAAUGCUGCGCUGUUGGCGUAUCUGCAGGGGUUGAAGAGCGAAGGUGCGAAACUGCGGUUGAAGGAGAUCGCGGAGGAGGUCGUCAAGGCGGAUGUGGAGGUGGAGGAGAAGGAGGAGGAGGAGACGAAGAAAAAACAGGCCGAGGAGGCCAAGACGGAUGAAGCAGAGGAGAAUGAUUCCACCCCCGAGCCCAGUUACAAGAAGGCUGUUGCCUCGUUCCGGACGCGUCUGUCUGAGGGCAAAGAGAAUCUUGAUGGUCAGGCAGACACCGAGGGGCUUGACGCUGCGCAGCUCCAGAGGCUCCAGAAGAGACAACGCGCCGAGCUUGUCCUCUGGGCCGUCACUGGUAGUCUGUUCAAUCUCGAGAAGCCCAAGGCUCCCCCACGGAUGGCGAAGAAGAACCAAACGCCAGGCAAGAAGAAGAAGAAGAACCGAACCGCUAUCAUCGAGAUUUCCAGCAGCAGCGAGAGCGAGAGCGCCAGUGACAGCGACAGCGACAGCGAUGCUGGAAAGAAGACCAAGCGUCCAGCCAAGAAAGACUCAUCUGAUGAGAGCAGCAGCAGCAGCAGCAGCAUUGAUAGUGACAGUGACAGCGACUAGUCGCUAUAUGCUACACGCCAUCACUCGCACUGAGGUGUACAGACUGGUCUCUGUACUUCGCUGCUCCUCGAACAAAAUGAAGAUUGACCCCUGCCCUCUCGCCUGGAAAUAAAAGUUCUUGAUACCUGGUUUACGCAUACUAAAGCGGUCUUCUGUCGGAUCUACGAAUGUCCUUUUUAUCUUUCACUAUGCAUUGUUAGACAUAUAGACCUUCUGUAUAUAGCCAAAAGCCACCGAUUGAUACG